GCGGUAGCGGCCUCGCACCCGGGCUUUAACUUUUCCGGGUCAGGGGCGCGGGCGGAUGCCGGGUGGGAGAAGAGAAGCAGGGUGUAAACCUCCCGGAAUCGGCACGGUGUUACUUGGAGCUUCCAGAACGGGCUCCGCGCCCGCCGCGUUCAGGCGGGAGGAGGGUAAGCACGGGGCGGAGCGAAGUCUCGCGAGAUCUGGUGGUAGCUGCGGCGGUGGCGGCGGCGGCGGCAGCGGCGGCCCGGGAGGUUCAUAAUAAAGGUGCUAAGAAAGAGAAUGUAAGACAGGAAAAUAAAUAUUUUUACUGAGCAGCUCAGCCAGGGAAGUGCCUGACCUGCAGAGAGCCCCUCAGUUAGAUGGAGCCCAGAGGUCGGAAGUCACCAGCCACCAUUUUGGCUCCAGAAGCUCAGCCAGGGAAGCGCCUGACCUGCAGGGAGUCCCAGGGUUAGACAGCCCUGCGGUCCGUCCGAGGUUGCCAGCCACCAUCUUGGCGCAGACAGCUCAACCAGGCUGUGUAAAAGAGGCAUCUCAUACUUCCUGUUGCCAGUGGCUGGGACACAAUGGAUCACACAGGAACCAUAGACACAGAGGAAGAGCUGGGGCCUCUAGCCCACCUUGCGCCAAGUCCUCAAAGUGAGGCUGUGGCUCACGAACUCCAGGAGCUGUCUCUACAGUCCAGCCAGCACUUACCCACUCUGAACGAACGGAAAAAUGUGCUCCAGCUGAGGCUGCAGCAAAGGCGGACAAGAGAGCAGCUAGUGGACCAGGGCAUCAUGCCACCUUUGAAGAGUCCAGCAGCAUUCCACGAGCAGAUAAAAAGCCUGGAACGAGCCAGAACUGAAAACUUUCUGAAGCACAAGAUCCGGAGCCGCCCAGAUCGCUCUGAGCUGGUCAGGAUGCAUAUUCUAGAAGAAACGUUUGCGGAGCCGUCUCUUCAGGCCACGCAGAUGAAGCUGAAGAGAGCUCGGUUGGCCGAUGAUCUGAACGAGAAGAUCGCUCAGAGGCCUGGCCCCAUGGAGCUGGUGGAGAAGAACAUCCUUCCUGUGGAUUCGAGUGUCAAGGAGGCGAUUAUAGGCGUGGUGAAGGAGGACUACCCUCAUACUCAAGGCGAGUACUCCUUUGAUGAAGAUAGCAGUGAUGCUUUGUCUCCAGACCAGCCAGCAAGCCAGGAGUCUCAGGGCUCAGCCGCAUCCCCCAGUGAGCCAAAAGUCAGUGCCUCACCACCUCCUGUGACUGCAAGCACUCCCGCCCAGUUUACCUCAGUGUCCCCAGCAGUUCCUGAAUUCUUGAAAACCCCUCUAACUGCGGACCAGCCUCCCACAAGGUCUACAGCUCCCGUCCUCCCCACAAGCACUGUGUCCUCAGCGAAGUCUGGCCCAAUGCUAGUGAAGCAAAGCCAUCCCAAGAAUCCAAAUGACAAACACCGUAGUAAAAAAUGCAAAGAUCCGAAACCCCGCGUGAAGAAGCUGAAAUACCACCAGUACAUUCCACCCAACCAGAAAGGGGAGAGGGCUGAGCCGCAGAUGGACUCCAACUAUGCCCGCCUGCUCCAGCAGCAGCAGCUCUUCCUACAGCUGCAGAUCCUGAGCCAGCAGCAGCAGCAGCAGCAGCAGCACUACAACUACCAGACCAUCCUGCCUGCACCCAUCAAAACUGACAAGAACAACAGCAGUAGCAGCGGCGGCGGCAGCAGUGGCGGCGGCAGCAGUGGCAGCGGCGGCGUGCCAGCGAGGAGGCCAGGACCACUGCCCUCAAGCUUGGACGACUUGAAGGUGUCAGAGCUGAAGACAGAACUCAAACUGAGGGGUCUGCCAGUGUCAGGAACUAAACCAGACCUCAUUGAACGCCUGAAACCCUACCAGGAAGUGACCAGUAGUAACCUUGCCACUGGCAGUAUUGUGGCAGUGUCAGCAGCAGCUAUUGUCCCCAGUAACCCAGAGGUCACAGUGGCACUUCCAAUCACUACACUACAUAAUACUGUAACUAGCUCUGUGUCCACUUUCAAGGCAGACUUGCCACCUUCUGGAUCUAGCAGUGUGCCCCAUGUUGAAAAUGUCCAUUCCCCUCUGCCCAUCUCGCCAUCACCCUCUGAGCAGUCCAGUCUCAGUACCGAUGACACAAACAUGACAGACACCUUCACAGAGAUCAUGACUAUGAUGUCGCCUUCCCAGUUCUUGUGUUCAUCUCCCCUGAGGGUUGCAAGCCAUGAGGACAGCCUGAGCCCCACCAGUAGCACCCUGUCAACCCUAGAACUGGAUGCUGCCGAGAAGGACCGAAAGCUUCAGGAGAAGGAGAAGCAGAUUGAAGAGCUGAAGAGGAAACUGGAACAGGAACAGAAGCUUGUGGAGGUCCUCAAGAUGCAGCUUGAGGUGGAAAAACGUGGGCAGCAGCGACCGCCAGACCCUCAGCCCAGUGCCCCCCCACAUCCCUUUAAUACAUCAGAUCCGAAACAUGGCGGUGUCGGGUCCUCCAUCAAGGAUGAGGCCUCACCCCCUGACUGCUCCAACCCCCAGCAGCCCAUCACAGUGUCUGGCCACUCUGUAAGCCAGCCCAUCUCCACAGGCAGCCAGACCCUUGUGGCCAAAAAGGCUGUGGUCGUCAAGCAGGAGGUCCCCAUGACCCAAGCAGAGCAACAGAAUGUUGUCUCACAGUUCUACCUGAGUUCCCAGGGACAGCCACCUGCCCUUGUUGCUCAGCCUCAGGCCUUACUGACCACACAGACAACUCAGCUGCUGUUGCCGGUGUCCAUCCAGGGCUCAAAUGUUACGUCAGUGCAACUCCCAGUAGGCAGCCUCCAACUCCAGACCCCAGCUCAAGGAGUCCAGGCUCAGCCUCAGGUAGCUGCUGCCACACAAGUCCCAACUACAGCCCUGCCCUCAACCUUGGCCUCAGCACUGCCUCAGAAGCCGGAAGCCUUCCCGCAGCAUAUGUUGGGCCAGCCUCAGCCAGUCAGAAAGGUCUUCACAAACUCUGCACCAACUACAGUUCUUCAGUAUCAGAAGCAGCCUGGCCCAACGACCCAGCAGCCCUUUGUCAGUAAGACCUCUAACCCUGUUCUUCAAUCUAGAAGUGCCCCACUUGCACCCCUACAAAAUGGACCUAGCCUAGCCAGCAAGCCUAGCUCACCACCCCCACCCCAGCAGUUUGUUGUCCAGCACUCUUUGUUUGCAACCCCAGUCACGAAGACAAAAGACCCACCUCGAUAUGAGGAGGCCAUCAAGCAGACACGCAGCACCCAGCCAGCACUCCCCGAGGUGUCCAGUGUGCACAGUCAGCAGAUGGACGACCUCUUCGACAUCCUCAUAAAGAGCGGAGAGAUUUCCUUCCCAAUAAAAGAAGAGCCUUCUCCAAUUUCCAAGAUGAAACCAGUGACGGCCAGCAUCACCACAAUGCCAGUCAGCACGGUGGUAUCUCGACCACCGCCCCAGGUCCAAAUAGCACCACCUGUAUCCUUAGAACCUGUGAACAGUUUAUCUGCCAGCUUAGAGAACCAGCUAGAAGCCUUCUUGGAUGGAACUUUGUCCUCAGCCAAUGAUAUUGCCCCACUGCAGAGCAGCAGUGAAGACAGAGAGCCUUUCUCUCUGAUCGAGGAUCUCCAGAACGACUUACUGAGUCACUCUAGCAUGCUGUACCAGUCUCACUCUCCCAUGGAGACCUCGGAGGCCCAGUUGGUGUCAGGGACCCCCUGUCUAUCUCUUGACCUGUCAGACUCCAACCUGGACAACAUGGAGUGGCUAGACAUCACCAUGCCCACCACGUCCUCCGGGCUCACUCCACUGAGUGCCACUGCACCAAGCAUGUUCUCUGCUGAUUUUCUGGACCCACAGGACCUGCCACUGCCCUGGGACUAAGGUCACAGGUCUCUUGUUUCAGAGCUCAUGAGAUCUGGAAACAUGAAAACAAUCCUGAGAGGCCAGUGUUUAGAGCUGGAGUCAUAGCUGCACUGUCGAAGUCAAAAUACAUUGUCACAGAAAAAAAGGAAGGCCACAGCCUGGAAGCCAAGUGUGACUCCACAGAGACAGUCGUACGCAGAGCCCUUGUGAAAUGCCUUAGAGAAAGCCAAAGGUCAAGUUCCACCCACAGGAAGUGGCACUAGGCUCUGGCCAUCAGCUACCAUUUAUCCUCUGUAGUCACCUCACGGCCCUAAUAAGAGGCAAGCAGUUCCACUUGAAAUACCAGGCCACCACGAGGGAGGGAGGUGAGGGGCCUCUGCACAUGGGCUCCUUAAAAUGGCCUAAGCCAGGUCAAUAGCAAAGUCAGAGGCCUCUGGGCAGCCGACAGCUGCUUCCAGCCAGAGGCUCUAAGUCCCACUUUGAAAUCCAUGUGACUGUGUGAUGUCAUAGGUCAUUUUGUGAGUUUGGGAAUCAAAAUGAACAACCUUUCACCAUAAACACAUCUACAAAAUACUGUCAUAUGAGAGCUGAGUCCAGUUUCCAGACGUAUCAAUAGCACUGCAGCUUUCCCAGGGCCUCAGGCGAAUGAGGUUGGUUUUCCUGUGAUGUUAGACAUUGGAAUGUACUUUGACCUUGUGACCUCUACAAUCUUUGGUAGAGCAAAAAGAUGGCCAUUGACUGGUCCUACUUUUAAUGAGUCAGAUAUCUCUCGAGUACUGAGCCACGGUGUCUCCAUCUUUGAAGACUUGCCGACAGACUCUCAGGUGACCAUGACCAUCUCAACCAAAAAAGGCUUCAGCAUGAAAUUCUUUUUCAACCUAAUGAGUUAAUGGAAGGUGUGGGCUGUCUCUAGGACAGUCCCAUCAUGAGCACAGGUUAGACCAACCCUGUCACCCGCUCCCUGGUUCUCAUUGCAUAGGCCUGUAACUCCCUGUUCUCAGUUAUUCUCAAGUCUAAGCCUAAAAACUGGAGGUUUUGUUCCUUUUCUUACCCCUUGGUCCAUAACAGAAAGGUUGUAUUUGUCAAGUGAUUUAAGAAUUUUCUAACCUGCCAACUGCUACAGGAUUUCUACAACUCUUGAUCUAGUGAUUUAGUUAUUGACAAAUUGUAAAUAACCUACCACAGUAUGGAAUUUUUACUCAAUGACAGCCCUCGUCCUAUCCGCUUCCCACACACUUUAACCUGAGCCAGGUGGGCUUCCUACACCAACCCACACCCUCUCCAUAACACCCAGGACGUAUCCUUAAUCAUUUCUAAGGAGUUUUUGCCCCAAAGUGACCAGAAUGGCCCCUUUUCCAGGCUUUAACCUCUGGUGAAGAGCACUCCUCACCUGGGGCUCGGCAUUCUAGUGGGCAGCGGGCAGGGGCCACCGAGCCCAGGUCAUCCUCUUGUCUAGAACUUGGUAGGUCAUUCCUGGGAGGCGUCAGCAUUCAGGUAGCUGGAUACUGUCAUCUGACCAAGCCUCCUGAGCGCUGUCACAGGGUGUCCUGCUGCACAGCUGCCUGUGUCCCAGCUCCAGCUGAGGGCCUGGGAAGGCGUGUCCCCGUGGGAACUCCAGCUCCAGGUUCUGGUAGAGAGCCUUAGUCCUCUCUCUCUCCAGCUUUGGGUGUCCAGUUAAAGUAGAAUCGAGUAUCAAUGGCUUUCUGAAAGCCCAUGAUUACUACUAGUGUGUUUCCUUCUAUAGAAAAGUUGUCAGUAGAGACAACAUUCUAGUCCUUAAGUCCCUUGUAUUGCUUAAGUUAUUUUUGAAGCUUGCCACAGGAAGGAUAAUCUGCAAGCGCAGUGGGUACAGACGGGCCAUCUAAGUUGCUCGUGUACCCGUCCCACCCAUCAGGUACCACUUCUUACAAAGCCACUGGCUUCACCAGCAGCCAGCCCUCCACAGCAUCCCCUGCCCUGCUCGCCUGGUUCGAGUAUCCUGUAGGUGCAUGAGACACCAGUGACAUGAGAGCCACCUGCUAGGCCUCUCCCACAUGUUCCAGGAGAGAGCGGGCAUCUUUCCCCUUGGCUCACGUAAAUGUGUCAUGACCAAAGACUAAUCUAUAAAAGGCCUCUUGACCUCGCCCCAGCCCUCAGUGAGUGCACUGGAAACGGUGUGUGUCUGAAGAUGAAUUGGUUGUUUAAAGCUAGUUUCAGGCCAGCAAAAUGAUUUAGCAGGUGAAGCUGCCAACAAGCCGGAGAGGCUGAGCUCGAGCCCCAGAGCCCAUGAGGCAGAAGGACAGAGCUGACUCCCUGAACGUUGUCCUGUGACCUCUGUAUACAGAGACACCUGCAGAUAGUGUACAGUUAUUUCACAGCCAUCAAAGCACAGGUGAGAGCACCCACUAAGUUCCCACUGUGCAUGUACAGGGUACACGUGUAGUGGAGGCUUCUCUUUGUAUCAUGUUGCCAAGAAAAUUUCUCUUAGAAGCCUGGAGUGUCACACUAAUGUCCAACCCCAGGGUCACUCCUCUGCAGCGUCCCACAGCGAGGUGGAUUGACUUGACUUUCUGAGGUACAGAUUUCCAGUUGUCUUACUGUGCUGGGAGAAGUGGAAAGAGUUACAUCUUGGCUUCUAGAAAGCUGAUGUGGCUGUGACCUUGUACAUUUCAGCCACGCCUCUGGGAAGCCUCUGAGGCUGAGGCAGCCCUCAUUCAGGAACUUUUCACUCAAAUAUCAUCUCUGUUCAUUUCACACAGAUAAGACUGACUUUCCUUUCAAAGCCCCAUGAUUCUUUGCUGUGCUAGGCAUAGCCACAUGCUAUGCCUGCUCAGCAGAGUCUGGGAAGUGGGGCAGUGUUGUCACCCUGCACCCAUGGUCAGCCGACACUGAGGUGUGGGUAAGAGGAUCACCAGAGUGGACUGGAGCCUCCUGAGCCAUUUUUCCAGGCAGCCAGGCUGUUCUCAUAGAGACUGUAGUAGUCUUUGCAGGGACUGCUGAGGAAGCGUCAGGGCAGCCACUUUCCUGUCCACAGCAGACCUGGCUCAGGGAAGUCG